ACCUAAGAAGAAGGAGAAGUAAACGGAAGUGAACCACAAUGACCAUGAACAAUUUCUUAGACGUUCAUUAACACCCUGGAUUUCAAAAUAUGAGUAGUCAUAACUGUACAGCAUCACAUUCUCACCCCAUAUAGAGUAUAAUUCGUGUUGGAGACGACUUAGUUGAUAGAAGGUAUAUUGGUAACGCUAGCUACCUAACGUUCGCAAACAAUGGCUAACUGUAUGGUGUUUCACACUCAAAUAGCCUCCAUCAUGGAGGUGCUAGCGAAUGCAGCCGUUGCAGAAAUCUGUAAACUCGUAGACGACGACUAUGCAGUGUUUCGUUUGGAAAUAACCCAAAGCCAGAAAGAAAACAGGACAUUACGGAGGAAACUACUGGAACUAAAGGUGGCACGGGAGCGCGCAGAGAGGACAAUGCCAGAACGCGUCCUCGCCAGUCGUCCCAGUAGUGUCAAGAUCCUCGACCGAUACAAAGGAAUGGCAAGAGGUGAAGGACAUCGCACUGGAGGCUACAGAAGCUUUGUUAAGCCAGUGGGACACAAUACAUGGAGAGAUGACCAACCAAUCACUGAUGAUGAGGGGAGUGGAACCUCAACCCAGCACAUUAUCAUGAUAGAGUCUGCAGAGGCUGCAGGUCCUGUGGUCAAGCUGGAGCAGUCUGAAGGAGAGGAGGACCCACGACACAGCACAGACAUCCAGACUGGAGCGGCUGGAGCGCCCCCUGUAGCUACGGAUGACCCCACCACUGCCCCAGCACAGCCAAGGACCCGACACAGCAUCACGGAGGAGGAGGGUCCAGAUGUGCUGCUGGUGAAGGAGGAGGGCCUGGGGAACCCUGAGGAGACCAUGGUCAUGGAGGACAACCAGACAACUCCUCCUGAACCCAAAGAGGAACCAGCUGAGCUGUACAGGACCACACACAAUCUCACUGAGUCAGUAGACAUGGAAGAUGGGAAGCCUGAUCUGCUGCUAGUCAAAGAGGAGACAAUAGAGGACAGACCAGAGAGCAUUGAUCUGCUGAGUGCACUAAAGAUUGGGGAGCAAGGUGGUUGGCUGGAGGCUAACAGAGGAGACUGGACAACAAUUUUGGAUUCCCAGACCCAGACUGGUGCAGCCAAGAGCCCAGGGGAUGAUAUCACUGAGCAGGCCAGGACCAGAAGCGACAUAGUGGAGGUCAGUGGAUGGGACAGCAUCCUCAACUCUGGGCUGGGGAACAACACUGUUAACCACAACCAUAAACAGACAGUCGACCACAAAACAACAACCGAACUUGACAACAGUGCGAGGUGUAGAUUUGGUCCACGGGGACUGGUAGGUAUCCAUAUGCAGCAGGAGAGAACAGAAACAGACUCUGCAAACGAUGCUCCGUCCUGCUCCUAUAGUUGUGAUUCAGAGAGACUGAUGGCGCCUCAGGUUGACCUCCUAACAGGUGCUGCCUUCAGCAUACCUUCUGUAGGAUCUAUCAACUGGAACAUGGAAUCUGCGACAACGCAGACCCUCCCUGGCCUUCGUCCUCCUCACACUCUCCUAAUGUUAAACCAGACCUCAGACAAAGCCAGUGCUUCAACACUAAAUGGCUACACAAGCCCAUUGACAAAUGACAGUAGUAGUGAUGCUAUCAGUAGAUCUGGUGGCAAAGAGAAGCUCUUCCCAUGUUCGUUCUGUGGGAAAGCCUUCAGUUUCUGCAAACAGGUGAUCCACCAGAGGGUGCACACGGGGGAGAAACCAUUCGGCUGCCACCUGUGCCAGGCCAGUUUUUCACAAUCGUCCAGCCUGAACAGGCACCAGAGAGUCCACACGGGGGAGAAAUCCUACAGCUGCCCCCAAUGUGAGAAGAGAUUCUCCCGCAAGCACCAGCUGAAGAUGCACCUCAAGGUCCACACGGGAGAAAGGCCAUUCGCCUGUACUCAGUGUGGGAAGAGGUUCUCGGAGAGGAGAUACCUCAAGAUGCACCAGCAGAAAAAACAUUCCACUAUAACAUAGAAAGUAACCAUUCCACUUGAUAGCUUCUGACGUUUAGAUCAAACCCUGCAUUACAGGUAGACGCAGCAAGAUGACAUAGAUGCAGCCAGUAAACAGUAGUUGUGGGUCAAUCGUUGAAGUGCAAGGCCCAUACAUUGUGUGAUAUAUAAGGCAUGUAAUACAAUAUUGUGUUACAGCCUGAAUUUAAGAUGUAUUUCAUUUAUAUUUUUUGUCACACGCCUACACACUACCCCGUAAUGUCAAAGUGGAAUUAUGUUCUUCAAAAGUUUUACAAAUGAAAAGCUGAAAUGUCUUGAGUCAAAAAGUAUUCAAACCCUUUGUUAUGGCAAGAUUCAAUAAAUUCAGAAGUACAAAUGUGCCUAACAAGUCACAUAAUAAGUUGCAUAGACUCUGUGUGCAAUAAUAGUGUUUAACUUGAUUUGUGAAUGACUACCUCAUCGCUGUUACCCACACAUACAAUUAUCUG